AUGGAGCCGAGCGACCUGCGGGAGAGCCCUGCCGGUUCCGGGGAGUCCGACGCCGGGGACUGGAGGGAGGUUCGACCGGGCGGGGAUGACGAUGGCAAAGCCGCCCAUUGCGAGCCGGCGGCGGUGUCACCGCCGAGGGACACCUGCCGCCAGGAUGUCGGUGGCGAUAAUCAUGCUAGCAAGGUGGGCGAGCAGCGCCACAGCCCCUACGAUGACGAACUGGACCCCCGAAUACAGGAAGAGUUGGAGCACCUGAACGAAGCCAGCGCAGAAAUAAACAAACUAGAGCUGCAGUUGGACGACGCCCGCUCGGGAUAUCGCAAGAUUCUCACCGAGUCGGCCCGGAAGCUCAACGCUCACAGCUCCCAGCUGGGCGGCUGCAUCGAGAAGGCCCGCCCGUACUACGAGGCCCGGCGGCUGGCCAAGGAGGCUCAGCAGGAGACCCAGAAGGCGGCGCUGAGCUACGAGCGCGCCGUCUCCAUGCACACGGCGGCCAGGGAGAUGGUGUACGUGGCCGAGCAGGGUCUGAUGGCGGACGGGAAGAACACUCUGGACCCCACCUGGCAGGAGAUGCUCAACCACGCCACCGCCAAGGUGAACGAGGCGGAGGAGGAGCGUCUCCGCAGCGAACGCGAGCAUAUGCGCGUGACUCACGCGUGUCAGGAGGCAGAAGGGCGCGUGCAGACGCUGCAGAAGUCGUUGAGGAGAGCCAUCGUCAAGUCCAAGCCUUACUUUGAGCUCAAGGCGCAGUUCAACCACAUACUGGAGGAGCACAAAAGCAAAGUCGUGGAGCUGGAGCAGCACGUGUCCAAAGUGAAGACCCGCUACUCGUCUGCUCUGAGGAACCUGGAGCAGAUCAGCGAGCAGAUCCACGCCCAGAGGGUCGGCGACCCCCCGGGCGGACGCAGCCCCCCCGUGGGCGCCGAGUCGGAGGGCGGAGCCCGCGGCGGCCCGCCGGACCCCGAGCGGGCCGGCUCCGACUCCCUCUCCGUCUUCAGCCUGCAGACCAUCGCGUCCGACCUAGAGAAGUACGAUUCGGUGGAGCACCUGGGCGACCUCAGCGACGCCGGCAGCGUGACGGGCGAGGAGACGGAGAAGCCCGGCCGUGUCGAUGCCCGCCGACGUCAAGAGCAGUUUUCCAAGCAGCACCACCGCAGCUUUAGCUUGUAG